GUCCAUAGUGAACAAGGAAUGAGGAAACGCCGUUACCAAGGGGAACCUUUAGUCUACCCAACACUCGCUAUCAGUCAGUUGUUCAGGCUGAAUUAGGAAGAGAAUGGCAGGGACACCAUUGAUAAAUUCACGUUCGGUGUGUGCCUCGGCACCAGGAAAGGCAAUUCUCUUUGGGGAGCACGCGGUGGUGUACGGCGAACCAGCGGUGGCGGCGGCCCUCGACGAUUUGCGUAUAUUUGUCUUGUUUACGCCGACGUCCCACAACUCAACCCACGCUUCCGUCAUUCGCGUCGUUAUGCCCGAUUUGCCGACCCCGGUGGACUUUGCCUUACCCGUAUCGCUCUUUACCAGCAUGGAGUCCACCAAUACCCCACCGACUCCCGAUGACGCGACAGUUUUGGCACAGCUGCUCCACACAGCAGAUCCUACACUCGACGAUUUUAGUGUACAAGCACUCACGCCCGUCUUGUAUUUGUGCAAUCAAAUCUUGUUAAAGCCGUUGCGGUUUCGGUCCGAGUCGAACCCUAGUGCUGACGGUGGCUACGAAUUGUGGGUCCGCUCGCAGGAUUUGCCCGUCGGAGCAGGAUUGGGAUCGUCCGCCGCCUUUGGAGUUGCCUGUGCGGCAGCUUUGAUACAGUAUCGACAAAACUUGACGGCUACGCACGCGGGCACAGCUGCAGGUACAACAUCGACGAAUACGCCGAUACAGUACGGUCCACCGGACUCUGCCACACUUAGUGAGAUUGACCGCUACGCCUACUAUUCCGAAAUCCUGCUUCACGGAACGCCCUCAGGUAUUGACAACGCCGUCAGUGCGCAUGGUGGAGCAAUUAUCUUCACCAAAGACGUUGCGAGUACGAAUGGCACCGUUAAAAUGGAGCACUUGACCCCAUCCGACGAUUUGACCUUGUCCCUCGUCUACACGCACGUCCCGCGCAGUACCAAGACUUUGGUAGCCGGAGUACGUCAUUUCUAUCAACGACACGUAGGCUUUGUGACUUUGAUACUCGAAGCCAUGGGCGCGAUUGCCCGUGACUUUGAGCAAGCGAUUCGGGAUCGGACCAAUGCGCACCAUGGCGACCACGCCAGCGACUCGCAUGACUUUGGUGAACGCGUCUUGACCAUGGUUCGGACCAAUCAGUACUUACUGCAAGCCGUCGGUGUGUCCCAUCCCAGUCUCGACCACGUGUGUGCCGUGGUCCACGAGCACUUCCGGGACUACGGGGCGGCCAAAUUGACCGGUGCCGGUGGUGGGGGCUGUGCCUUCGUCUUGUGGAAGCCCGGCCUCGCGGCGGACGUUCUCGCCACGCAACGACAACGCUUACAAUACGCUCUGACGACGACCCUCACCCCAUCGCCACCGUACCGAUACCAGUGUCUGGCAUCCGUCGUGGGUGGGGAAGGAGUUUUGUUUCUCCCCGCUGGCGAUUUUCCGUGGGAUGCGACGACGCCGUCUUCCGCGACCCCUUCGCGAUCCGCGACCAAUGUCGGUCGACUGGUGAGUGCGCUCACAGUGAGCGCACUCGUGGCCACCACUUGGAUGGUUUGGAGGUCGAUUGGGACCAAGGCUAGGUGA